CUUGUCCAGCCUGAAAAAAAAUAUUAAAAAAAGACAGACAUUAUAUGUCUUAAAUCACUCAAAACCUCUUCUAGACAAACAAAUAUUUUGAGCUGGAAGUGACGUUUUGGCAAAGCCAGGGAAGUCUGAUUCCAGAGUGUGUGAUGCUUUGUGCCUCCCCCAUCAUUUUGUAAUUUUAUGUGGCAAUUAUUACGUUCAUGUCAGUGGCCAAAGGAAGCUCAGCACAGCACAGGGCAGGGCAGGGCAGCCACCAGGCAGCCAGGGCUGUGCUGCUGCCAAACAAUGUUUGGCACAGCCAAACAAUGCCCAGCUCCACGUCUGGGGUGAAAACAAGUGUCCCCAAGUGAUGGCUGACAAACCUUGUCCUGGGAAUCAAAGCACUUGUGAAAACACUCCAGUGAAAGUGGUUGCCUGACAUUUCUGGCUGUGGUCUCACUGUUUUGGUUCCGGCAGCCUGCGUUUCAGGAGCGAGGGUGUCCCGGGGGCUGCAGGGCUGUGCUGAGGGACAGGCUGUCCAUGGACUGCCCAUCCCCUCUGUGCCUGUGACCCCUGCCCAUGACACACACAGCCUGGGGGUUCCCUGCACAGCUUUCGCUCCCAAUGAAAUAAUUUCCCUACGAGGGAAAUAGAACAGACAAAUUGUGCCUGAGUUCAGCAUGAAAAUCUUAACAUUUUGUAAUAAAUAAAGGCAUCACCUAAAUGGGCAAAUUAAAUGCAAUCUGGUUUUAUUUCAGUAUUUGUUUUCUCUCUCUCCCCCAUCCAGGCUUUACUCUGAGACGCACGCUGCCUGUGCUGCACAUUCUGCAGUCAGAGCAAUCUGGCUCCACUAACGUUUGACCUUGCGAAUUAUGAUCUCGAGCCUAGUAAACAGCUCAUAGGGGUUUGGUUUUCAGGAUGGUAUUUUAGCUUCUCGUAAAUGCUCCCUUUGCCUGGCACUGGGAUGUCACCAGCCAGUGGAAAAUCGGAGAAUAUGCCAAUGUGCUGCUCUGUGCAGGGACAGGGAUGGCAGGUAGGAGGUGAGGCAAGGCUCCCUGGACAGGCCCUUACAGCUGUGAAGGAGCUGCCACUGUGGGUUAUGCUGGCAGUAGGGCACGGGAGCCUGGGGAGCACUUCAGGCCCCAUCAGGUGAGCGUGCACAUCUCUCUUACUUCACACCCCAUUCUCUAUAAACAGAAUUAUUGAUGCUGCUAGUGAUUUUGAAUUUUUCUUCCUUUUUUUUGUUUUCACUCCUACCACCCCUUCAAAGACAGAGGAAUAGAGCAGGAUUAAGGAAGCACAGUCUGAGGUGUAGUGGCAGAUGCAUACUGCUGCUGUUCAGUGGUGUAACGAAGCUUUGUUCAGGAAAUUCUCUAGAAGCAGAUACAGGCUUCCACAGAGGACUCUAACUGGAUCUAGUUUGCUUCAAAACUUGCCUCUUGGCACGAUUUUCACAGCCAGUAGGGAGAAUACAGAGCUGAGUGGGCAAGUUAUUAUAUUCUCAGGGUUUUCAUUCUAAGUGUACAUAAUGAUUGACUAUUCUAUAACUUUGGCAUUGGAAGCAGCUUUGGCACUAGUAGUACUGGUACUGCCUUCACGAGUAUUGCUCUUCUGUAUUGCCUGGGCCAUGCUUUCACUGGCCAGACACAAAUGUCUAGAUUAAACUGUGCUUACAGGUAUGUUUUUCUAUUAGAAUUAAAUCCUUUAUUGGACAGAGAGAGACAUAAAUACACAAUACGAUUUUAAUUUCUUCACAGUAUAUUGUACUGGUAAUCUCUGAUGAAAUCUCCUGUCCUAUAAAAGCAGAAUUGCCAUUGUAUUAACCAAUACACUGCGUAGUGAAGAAAUGCUGUGGUUCUAUUCAGUUCUAGACACUGGUGUCACUUUUUUCUUGCCCAGGAUCACUUUGGCAUGCCCAGUAUUUAGCUCUCUGCAGUACCUACAGAUCUCCCUUUCCCUGCCUCAUAGUCUUUGAUGUAUUUAUCAUCUUUACCAUCAUCCUGUGCAAAACAGGUGGUCAUGAGGGAUGCUCAUGAGGGGUUCCUCCGCUGAAGGUCAUGAAUUCUCAUGCUUUCAACUAAAGUCUAAUUUGUAAAAUUAACUUCUUUCUAGAAAUUCUUCUUUAAACUACCUGGACUAAUCCUCCCUCUUUUCCAUCAAAAUUGUGAUCUGACAUUGCUGCGAGUGGGUAAAUAAUUCUCUCUCUAGCCCUGCAUCAUCACAUUAUAAUGAGGAGCACUCGAUAGCAUCUGGAAACACUUGAAUACCAUGUUCAAAGAAUGGCCUAAAAGUGCAAAGCCUUGUUAGGAAUUCAGAUGUUGGACAAGUAUUAGAGCGUAUUUUGUUUGUUUUGAAAAAACAUCCUUUCUCUACUGGGAUGCCCUGCAUUUGUGGUGCUUGAAUGUUCAGGGGGUUUUACUGGCUCUGUAUGGUCAAUGUUGUUAUUGUCUGGAGCUCAGCUGUCCUGUGACACAGCACCAGAGCCAUGCCUCCAGCUGAGGAGACAGUGUCCUCUGGGCUGUGGAGAGUUACCACAGGAAGAAUCUAACCCAAGCAGAAAAUUCCUGAUAUUUGGGUCAUUACAGAGCAGCCAGGUUGGAAGCUGAGGCCCUAAUUGCCCUGUGUAAUGAGAGAGGCCCUGAAAGAAAGGUGUGUGAUUGGAGCAGCACUUCAAGCUGGGAGCAAAAAAUCACAGUGGAGCAGUGCACAGCUCAGAGCUGCCCACUGUGGCACCUGCUCCAAGGCCAGCAUGAGCCCAUGGAAUCUCAGACCAAAAGCCAAGACUUGGUUCCACUCCCAGAAAAGUCAACGAAACCCAUUUAAAGUGAAAUGAUUUCAUGCUGUACUGCAGGCUGAGUGACUUGGCAGCAUUACUGUUAAUAGCGUGGUACAUCCCAGGUACAAGUUAAUGAAGCACAGAGUUACAGCACUUCUGUGUAGCUGGUUAGUGGAGCCUGGGACUAAAACAUACUGAAACUGUCAUCUGUGGGCAGGAUUUCACCUGGCUUUCAGUCUGACUGCUCUGGGAACUACCCCAACAUUUUCCUCCUUAAUAAAUCCCUUCCCAUGGUGCCAUUCUCAACAUCAUCUAAUGGCCAUCCCAUACUGAUAGAAGAGGAGCUAAAAUUUAUCAAGGAAUUCAGGACCUGAGUUGUCACCAGGAUGUUUUAUGUGACAAGCAGAGCAACUACAGAAACAAUCUCCAGAGAUGUUCUGCAAAUAUUUUUCCUUCUUCAGUCUGUGUCUUUUCCUUCCAACCCAAAGGAGGUGCUCCCUGGGUCACGUAUCCAGCUUGCACAGCAGCGACACAACAUCCCUUCCUGGAUUUGAGAACCUCACCAUGGGAUACAACAAAUACCUCCGGCCCUACUUUGGUGGAGAACCUGUUCAAAUUGCAAUGAGUCUGGACAUUGCAAGUAUUUCCAGUAUAUCCGAGAGCAACAUGGAUUACACAGCUACCAUAUCCCUGCGGCAGCGCUGGACAGACCCCCGGCUGGUCUUCCAUGGCAACAGGAGCUUCACACUGGAUGCUCGCCUGGCGGAGCUGCUCUGGGUGCCAGACACCUACAUCGUGGAGUCCAAAAGGUCCUUCCUGCACGACGUCACCGUGGGCAACCGUCUCAUCAGGCUGUUCUCUAAUGGCACCAUCUUGUACGCCUUGAGAAUCACUACUACUGUUGCCUGUAACAUGGACCUGUCAAAAUAUCCUAUGGACACACAAACAUGCAGACUGCAGCUAGAAAGCUGGGGCUAUGAUGAAAACGAUGUCACCUUCACAUGGCUGAGAGGAAACGACUCUGUCCAUGGCAUGGAGCAGCUGCGGCUCUCCCAGUACACGGUGGAGCGGUACUACACCCUGGUCUCCAAGUCACAGCAGGAGACAGGCAGUUACCCACGUCUGAUAUUACAGUUUGAGCUAAGAAGAAAUGUACUUUACUUCAUUUUGGAGACCUAUGUGCCCUCCACUCUGCUCGUCAUGUUGUCCUGGGUUUCUUUUUGGAUCACAUUGGACUCAGUGCCUGCAAGAACCUGCAUUGGAGUUACAACAGUGCUUUCCAUGACAACUCUGAUGAUCGGCUCACGAAGUUCACUUUCAAAAACCAACUGUUUCAUUAAGGCCAUUGAUGUUUAUCUUGGCAUCUGCUUCAGCUUCAUCUUUGGUGCCCUUGUGGAAUAUGCAGUGGCUCACUACAGCUCAUCACAAAAGUGUGCAGCUAAAGUACCUCAAGAGGGGCCGGCAAAUAAGAUCACUAAAGAAAUGGAAGAUGUCAACAUCACUAAUAUCCUCAACAAUUCCAUCACCAGCUAUAAACAGAAAAUCAGCUUCACAAGCAUUGAAAUUUCCAGUGAUAAUGUUAACUGCAGUGAUUUGACUAUGAAAAGCCAUGAGAAAAUCAAAUGUGUCUUGAGAAACAAAAUGCACAGGAUUAUUGGUUAUUUCACAAUUCAGAACCCCGGCAAUGUGGACCACUACUCCAAAUUGCUUUUCCCUUUGUUUUUCAUGGUGGUCAAUGUGUUUUAUUGGGCUUAUUAUCUAUAUUUUUAGUAGAAGUUAGUUGCUUCAUCCUCCUACUUCAGCAGGAAAGGAAUUGAGCCAAUGGGUAUCCAGGUAUCUAACAUCGGUGAAUUCAAUGUGGACAAAAUGCUUGUGUCCUCAGGUACCCAGCAGAAGAGUGUGUGAGGUGUGCAAGAUGCAACACUGACUCUGGACAGCAGCCUGUUCAGCUGAGUGGCUGUGCUGGGCCCUGUCACUCGUACCUGUGUUUCCUUCCAGCAUCUCACCUGCUGGAGAUGGGUGAGCAGGACUGCACGAAGCAGAGCACUACAGGUGGCAAAAUUGUUUUGGUAGCCUGGAGCAGGUUAGAACCUUCAAGUUUAGAUCUCCAAGAGAGUGUAUAGGAUUAUACAAACAAACCCAAAGCUGUUAUUCUUUGUUUGUCAGAGAUAACAGAGGGACUGUGAUUGCUUCCUCAGUAGCUGCUCUGUUGCAGUGGGGGAAGCCGAGCACAGCAGCACUCUGUGUGCUCAGGAGCGUUCCUGUGCAUGGUGCUUCCUGGGGGCACGCAGUGCCAGGCUGGGGAUUUUGGUCCUGCUGGCUGUGGUGUGCCUCAGUGCUUUUAACGCCUGUCACUCAUUGAGGUAAUCCUCACUUGCUGAAGUUCUCCCUCCCUCAGACAGACGGAGGGCUUGCUGUUUGUAGUGAGCAAAAUUUUUUCAGAGAUUUGGGAACACAAAAUAGAGGCAGCAAAAUUGUUUGGUAACCCAUCUCUUAUACUCCUCCUGCUGUGCUGCUGUUGAACAGAUUCUACCACCUUCCAUGUCUUCCUCACACAUUAUUUUUCAUCCUGGAGAAUGCUUCCUUCAGCUUUCACUGUUAUAAGCAGCUCUCAUUUCUUGCCAGCCACAGGCUUGAGUAGCCCAUUUGUCACCCCCUCUUUUAUGUGGCUGUGCAGCUGUGGCAAGUCAAUACUGCUGGGUGAAAAACACGUGUGGGCUGAGGGAGGGUAGUCUAAAUCACCCUUUCACUCUCUAUUUUAGCCUGGAAAAGUGCUACUUUUCUGCAGAAAUUCAGAUUCUAAGUGGGCUCUGGAAACUGCCCAAAGUCAUCUUUGUUUAUCCUGCAAUCAGCAGGACCCAGAGCUUUCUUUCAAAGAUAAAUUAAAUGUGGUGCACACACAGUUAUGUGCCAUUUGGUACUGUGCAGCUUAAGGCUACUGGAAGUCUUUAUUUCCUGGUUAUAAAAUUGACAUUUUAUGGCAGAUUUCCCCCCAACCUUUUUUGGUCUAUGCUACUUUUGUAACUGGGAGGGUGUAAUCCUGCAGUUCUGUGGGCAGGACUGGAAUUGCCUGCAAUGGCCGCCAUUCAGCACAGUUCUGACUGAGGCCUCUCAGCAGGCAGCUUAUAUUACAGUGUUUGCUUAGUGUAAGAAUCUCUUAUUGGGGGUUCCUCUACAAGGUGGGCAGAGCAUGCAAAACUAUAGAUUUUUUACUUUAAUAACUUUUUAUUGAACCACUUCAGUGUGCUAUAUUGUGAGGGAUCUAAACCUCAUAUUCAUAAAUCAUAGCUUUUACAAAAAGCAGCACGAGAAAACAAAGGGGAACAGACUGACAAUGGCAAGUGAAUAAACACAAACUCCAAUAAUGAAAUGUUGUCUUGUAUAUACUGGCAUUUAAAGUCCAUUCCAUAAAAUGUAAUAAAGUGAAUGUUUGUGAUAUGAACACAACCCCCCAGAGAGAUACUCUAUUAAAAAAAUCAUUACCUUC